AUGCGGCCUCCAACGACAGCUCUUCUUAUCUAUCCAGUGACCUUACUUGUGGGAUCGCUCUUUUCCAUCCUUUCUCCCACAGCCCGAGGCUCCCGACAAAGCCGUUACGCGCGUCCCGCCUCUCUGGCACCCUCCAUCGCCGCCAACGUGAACCUUUCCCCUCCAAACCCGGUCAACUACUUCGCUCGCAAGGAUAACAUCUUCAAUCUCUACUUUGUCAAAGUUGGCUGGCUCUGGACCACGCUCGCCUUCGUCUCCCUGCUCGUUUCUCAACCCGCCUACAGUGCCCCUUCCGCACACCAACCGCGCCGACUCGCCCAGGCCGCCCUCCGAUACAGCCUGGCCACGCUAGUGUGUUUUGUGAUUACGGGCGGGAAAUGCGAGCGCGUUGUGGCGGAGACGUCGGGAAACCCGGCGGUGGCUGUUGCGCAGGCGGGGUCUGUUUCUGCGGGUCUGGAGAAGAUGUUUACGGCGGCGGCUUGUAAGGCAGCUGGGGGGUCGUGGACGGGGGGCCAUGAUGUGAGUGGGCAUGUGUUUAUGCUCGUGCUUGCGACGUCGAUGCUGGUUUUUGAGGCUGUCGGGGCAAUGAGGGCCGUUUCUGCGGGGGCGGAGGGUGAUAAGAAGGUGGAUGGGGAGGUUGAUGGUCAGAGUGAGGGUGAGAAGGUUCAAGUUCAGAGUGAGGAUGAGCAGGGGAAUUGGAUGCGGACUUGGUCUUUACGGUUGGUUGGGGCUGUUGUGGGUUUGGGAUGGUGGAUGCUGUUCAUGACCUCGAUUUGGUUCCACACGUGGUUGGAAAAGUGGUCUGGGCUGCUGAUUGCUCUUGGGACGGUCUACGUUGUAUACGUCUUGCCGUUGAAUGUGCCGGCCUGGAGGGAUAUCGUUGGAAUUCCUGGAGUAUAA